UUCCGGUCUGGGCCGGAAGUGUGGCCGGUUGCCAUGGCGGCGAGUCUGGGCCUAGUGGGAAAGGCGAGGCGAGGCUCGAUUAAGGCGGCGGAGAGGCCGGGAGGAGAGAAAGGCUCCCAGGAGUGCGCUUGCCAGGAGGCAGCAUGGAGCUCCGUUUAGUGCUCCAUGAGUGGCACCGUGAUGCCGUUGGAGAGAUGGAGGGAGGAGUCUUCUGCUACCACCGCAGCUCACCCUGACCAGCCAGUUCCUUGCGCUGAGUUCCGUACUGAGUAGCUGGAAAGAGACAGAGCACCAACACAGGCAGAUGGACUUUGUCCUUGCUGAAGGCUUUGGAAACAAGAAGAAGGCUGCAAGUGGAGGGAGAAGAGACCACCCUCACUGCCUUCCCAGCCCUCCAUGCCUUUGGAGGAAGGCUUUAGAAAGAGCUGGAGGCCGGCCUGGGAAAACUCUUCUACAAGCAUUUUGUUCCUGAACAGCUGCGAGAGCACAGCUACUACCUGGUGCUGCAAAAACUGGGAGUUGUUUGCCUCAUAUUAUCGGUGUGGGCGCUCUGAGUGAAAACUCUGGCACACCUUUGAACCUCUAGCCUGGAAGAGAAGGUACAGACGCAGGCAGCUCUGAUAGAGGGACCACAGGCUCUCCAACCAGAGCAGUGUUUGGCUGGGAAUGGCUUGGCCACCCGAGGAGACCUGUCCUCCUUGCUUCCUGGGCUCUGAGACUUCACUCCCCAAGCAGAGGAGGUCACAGGCUGAGCGUUAUCUAGGGAAUGAGAUUUGUAUCGCAGCCUGAAUGGUCGUAAUUCCCCUGCAGGAGGUCUCCUAGAAACCUGUUGUUGGCUGCACUCUGAACGGGAAGCACACAGAGGCUGGGAAGCCUGGCAGAAGAUUAAAGUGGGACCGAAGGACUCGGAUUUAGCCUUCCCUUUCAUUCUUGGUUGGCAGGUUACCUUGUGAAGGCGGCAGUGGUGUGCGUGUGUGAGUGUGUUGUUUAAACUGCCUGUACUAUGCAGGAAAAGGGCUAGCAAAGCCCUCUGGUUCAGCCUCUACUCCUGAGUAAAUCUGAGGAGAGAUAAUGGAAGUACAGCAUCCCUGAGGUAACUAAUCCCACCUUUGGGAGUGGUGUUCCCAGAUCUUCCAGUCGGUGCCUCCUUUUCCCAGUUCCAGCCUGGGUGGAGAAGAGAGGCAGAAGCUCCUGGCAUACAUUGCUGGCAAACCUGUCACAUGUACCACCUGGCAAGAGACACUGAGACUUCAGGUAUAUAGGGACCAGUUUUUACCUCCACUCCAGGUUGGUUGCAAAGUAUACCCCUCCUUUGCCAGAGAGGAUAUGACAGUCCCAGCAAGUGGUUAUGGCACAUAAGUAAGAUUUCAUUAUUCCUUCUCCAAAUGCUCCCGCAGAGGUAUUGGCGAUGUGUGACAGGGGGGCCAGGACCGUUAAAUUUCCCACUUCUCUGUCUCCUCCCACACUCCCCCCAUCUUUUGAAGCGGAGGUGAGCAUCUGAUCCCACAACCAGCCAUGGCGGAGCACCUGGAGCUGCUAGCUGAGAUGUCGGCGGUGGGCCGGAUGGGCACCCAGGAGCGUCUGAAGCACGCCCAGAAGCGGCGCACCCAGCAACUGAAGAAGUGGGCACAGUUUGAGAAAGAGAUCCAAAGUAAGAAGGCCAAGGGGGAGAAGAGGAGGAAGAAGGGGAGCAGCAAAGAAAAGCAGGUGGUGUUCCCUGAAAAUGUCCGGCUCUUGGAGGCUGCCUGCCGCAACGAUGUAGAAGAAGUUCGCCAGUUUCUUCAGAGCGGCCUUGAUCCCAACCUUUACAAUGAAGAUGGCCUCACUGCAUUGCACCAGUGUUGCAUUGAUGACUAUGAGGAUAUUGUGCUGCUGCUUCUGGAAGCUGGGGCCGACGUCAACGCCUGUGACAGUGAACUCUGGACCCCCCUGCAUGCCGCUGCCACCUGUGGGCACCUGCACUUGGUGGAGCUGCUCAUUGCAAAAGGCGCCAACCUGCUGGCCGUCAACUCGGAUGGGAAUAUGCCAUACGACCUCUGUGAGGACGACGCUACCUUGGACUACAUCGAGACAGCCAUGGCCGAACAAGGCAUCACUCAGGAGACCAUUGAGGAGGCCCGUUCGACAGUGGAGCGCGCCAUGGUGAAUGACAUCCGCCGGCUGGUUAAGGAAGGAGUCGAUCUGAAUACACCACUGGACCACAGCGCUACCCUGCUGCACAUUGCCUCGGCCAACGGCUACCUGGAGGCGGCUGAGCUGUUGUUGGAACACAAAGCCAGCAUGAGUGCCAAGGAUAAUGAUGGCUGGCAGCCUCUCCACGCUGCAGCUUGCUGGGGCCAGAUUCAACUGGUGGAGCUGCUGGUGGCCCACGGGGCUGAUCUCAAUGGGAAGUCGGUGCUGGAUGAGACUCCCCUCGAUGUCUGUGCAGAUGAGGAGGUGCGCGCCAAGCUGAUGGAACUGAAGCAGAAACACGACGCCAUCAUGAAAUCUCAUGACAAACACAAGUCGCUGCUCCAGCGCCGCACCUCCAGCGCCGGGAGCCGAGGGAAAGUGGUGCGGCGGGUCAGCGUGACAGAGCGCACCAACCUCUACCGCAAGGAGCACGAGAAAGAGGCCAUUGUGUGGCAGAGGCAGCAGCAGCAGGAGAGCGAGGCAGAGGACGAGGAUAGGCAGACGGAUGCUGAGCUUCAGCUACGGGUGUCGGUGAGUUGGAGUGGAUCCUGAGGCUCUGCAGCUCAGAUCUGUGUGUUUGUGUGUUUGUAUAAGAGAGAGAUGAUGGCCCUGUCAUCACUUGCCAGAAUACUUCAGGGUGCCCCCAGAAUAUUUUGGCCGUAAACCCUCCUACCUGCUCUAUUUUGUUAUGCACUUUAUGCUCUUGUAGCGAACACCGUCUGGCUACAUUCCCACACAGUCCCCAUUCAGCAUCUGGCAUCACUGGUGAGGUCAGAACAAGGUUCCCAGCUCUGUUAUUGAUGCUGA